AUGGCCUCGAUAUUCUCCCUUGGCGGGCUCUUCACCCGCCAGGCCACCGCCCCCGCGGCGCCUACAACCCGCCUCUUCUCAACCACUACGAGCCUCCUCGCCCGCACGCCCCCCAAGCCCCCGGCCAAGAAGCCGGCCGGCAAGGUGCCUCCCCGCCGCAAGCACCAGGCCCCCAAGUCGGAGAACUUCUACCGCAUCCGCACCCUCCGCCAGAACAUGUUCUCCCCGGCUCCUCCGCCGCUCCGCAUGGCUCGUCUGAGAUAUCUCCGCCACUGGACUAUUCACCGCGCGUGGCAGUUGUUCCGUCGGCAGCAGCAUCUGGCUAUUGAGCAGGAGCGUCACCGCAUGUACAGCGGCAUGUACAAUGCCUGCGAGGAGCUGCGCAAGACGGUUGGUCCUGGAAACAGAGAUGAGGGGUACCUGUACAGGGUGGCCAUGGAGAAGAAGGGUGUCUGGGGCACCGAGGCUGUGCCGAUCGAGUAUUCGCGCUUCCAGACCGAGUAUCCCGCCAAGGAGGCGUGGAACCACGAUUGGAAGAGGUAA